GCUUUGUCAUCAUCCCCACUGCCUGCUCAUUAAGUGGGCAGCUCAUUAAGCUAACAAGGGCAGGGCUGAUGGUGGCUGCCUGAGCCAGGCUGCCCAUGGGUGCCUGCCUCGGUGUGCCCCACUCCUGGUUUGCAGGUGCAGGGAGUGUUUGCAGCAGCAUUCCCAUCUCCAGAUGCCUGCAUAUGCCUGUGCUAACAGCAGCGUCGCUCCUGGCUUGCCUGCUGGCAAGGGGAGAUUUUACUGCUUCAAGGUUUGUUGCAGGGAUCUGAUGCAAGGAAACGUUGGAGCAUCCUGACUCAGCACCGCAGCGGAGGGGGACCCGUGGGAAAGACACGGAGCAUCUUCUCUCAGCAUCAGGGCAUGCGUAUGCCAGCAGGGGAUGAGCGAGGAGCAGCUCCCUGCAUCUCCCCACUGCCCCACCACGCAGGAGGACACCAAUGUCUCGGCCUCUGCGUUCCCCCAGUACUGGGUGGAGCCCCGCUUCACCCAAGCAGCCAAGGUCCGUGUGAUCAUCACAGCCAUCUUCUUCCUGCUGGCAGCAGGCAGCAAUGCAGCCGUGCUGGGCAGCCUGCUGAGGAAGAGGAGGAAAUCCCACGUGCAGCCACUGAUCCUCAGCCUGGCGCUGGCCGACUUGCUGGUGACAGUGAUGGUGAUGCCUCUGGAUGCAGCAUGGAACGUGACAGUGCAGUGGUAUGGAGGGGACAUCUCCUGCAAGAUCCUCAACUUCCUCAAGCUCUUUGCUAUGUAUGCUGCUGCCCUGGUACUGGUGGUCAUCAGCCUGGACCGGCACGCAGCCAUCCUCCAUCCCUUCUCCCGUGCUCACCGCCGCAACGGGAUGCUGCUCCGUGCUGCCUGGGCUGGCAGCGUGCUCCUGGCUUUGCCCCAGCUUUUCCUCUUCCACCUGAACACAAUCCCAGGAAGGAAUUUCACCCAGUGUGUUACUCAUGGGAGCUUCCGAGCACACUGGGAGGAAACUGUCUACAACAUGUUCACCUUCACCACCCUCUACAUCACCCCCCUGAGCGUCAUGAUCGUCUGCUACAUCCGCAUCCUUUGGGAGAUCAGUAAGCAGCUAAAGGUCAAUAAAGGUUUGACAAGAAAUCAAAACGAACACAUCUCCAAGGCACGCAUGAAGACUCUCAAGAUGACCAUAGUGAUUGUUGCCACCUUCAUCAUCUGCUGGACCCCUUACUAUCUCCUGGGCUUGUGGUACUGGUUCCAGCCAGCCAUGAUCCAGAAGAUGCCGGAGUAUGUCAACCACAGCUUCUUCCUCUUUGGCCUGCUGCACACCUGCACUGACCCUAUCAUUUAUGGACUGUACACCCCUUCCUUUCGGGAGGACGUGCAGCUGUGUCUCAGGGGCAUUGAAACAGCCAUCACCAGGCAAAAGAGACACAAACCCAUCUCAGCCUCAGAGAAGAACACCAAGGAUGGUGCUGCAAAUGGUGGGGUGGCAUCAGGGGGCUCCAACGGGACAACUGUCAGCACGGUCUGAUGAAGAGAUAUACCCACAAGGGGAUGGCAAGCACAGCUUUGGGACUAUUUUGUCCUGUAAGACCAUUUUGGAGACUGUCAUGACAAGGUUCCCUACUCACCUUUAGUGGGUGAGGAUUUCUGGCCAGAAAAUGAGAAUGUGUCUUCUUCCUGUACUCAGGGUGAAAAAUUUGGGGGUAUUUCUGGUCGUUCUGCUGUAUUCUGGCAGUGGUGUGACAACUAGAAAAACAUGUACCUGACACAUGCUCCAGCCCUGAUUCUGGGAUCAAGCUUCUCCACACUUCCAGCAUCAACCUCUGGGAGGAAAUUUACCAUCUCCUCUGUGGCCCAGGUCAUGUCUCUGGAGUGGCUGAUCUUCAAGUGCCCUUUGCACCUACACCCAGCUGUAGAGCUGCAUGGAUGGUGCCACCCUGAGCCUGCAAAGGUGUGAUCACAGGCUUUUACUCUGUUUUCUUCACCCAUUGUAGGAAAAGCUCUCUGGAAAUUUCAGAUCUCCUGACUCAGAACCUGCCUGGUUCUCCCAUGGCUGUGUGACAAGCCCUGGGAAAGAUCUAAAUAUCUGAAGGUUGACUAAUGCAGGGGCAUUCAUACCCCAGGCAUGGUGGGCAGGGAGGGAGUGCUGUGGGGAUGGAGGGACUCAGGCAAGAGUGGUACAAAGAACCACAGCAGGGUGGGGUGAAGUUUCUUCUCUCUUUUGAAGAGAGCCAGAAGGGAAAACAGGCCCUGCUACUGUUUUCUGGUGUGAAGGGGAUGGUACAGACAGACAGACACAUCAUUACACAGCAGCUCUGUGGGCAAACCAGGAGAGAGAGUAUUUGGGGUAAUGAGAACCAGACCUGACACUGCCCCUUUCUGUCCCCAUGUCCAGAGCACAGGCUGGCAGGUUGCAGGCCACAUGCAGGCCACAUUUGCUUUGCCCCAAGCAACACCAGCCCCUCAGCUCUGCUGGGGCAGAGCAGGUGCAGCCACCCCACAGGUGUGUUCGAGGUGUCCCAAUGAUGGAAGGGAUGGGAUGCAGCUGGUAGGGCUCCACCAGCACCUUUAGUGCCAGAUGGAGGUAAAUGAGGGCAAGGAGGACUUCUGGAGGGAUCAGCUGAGCUGUGGUGAGUAACAUGGGUUGUUUGCUUUCUAUCAUAGUGCCAAAAAUUGCUUGUGAAGGCAGAAGUCUCUUCUCUGGGUGUGGGUUGAAGAGAUGAGGUUUUUUUCAACUGUGUUGUCCUUUCCAGGUAAUUAGAAAUAGUGGAUUAUUUCUUUUUUUUCAUUCUCUGAUGGUUGUUAUUAAAUGUGGGGUUUGCUUUUGAAGAGAAAUUCAGUUUUAAGCCAGGUGGGUUGUUGUUUUCUUAGUUUAGUUAAAGCUUUGGAUAGCUCAGGAGCUCUGGACUUGGCAGGAGGCAGUUUCUUGGCUAUUUUUGUGGCCACUGCAGCUUUGAAUGAGCAUCUGGACUUUAUCAGGAUGAAAGAGCUUUGUUUUAAAAACAACCCCUGUCUUGCUGUGGUUGCGUGUGUAGGGAGCUGGGAGAUGUCUUCCCCUCUAGAAAACAAAUCUCCUUUGGGCACUGAGGGGGCUUUUUCUCAACCCUGUUUCUAAGAGGUGUUGGCUCCCCAUCAGCCAGAAAGGAUCUGCAUUGGUCUCCCAGUUCACCAGCUAACAAAUCAUUGAAAUUAGAGGGGUGGCAAGCAGUCCUUGCAGGCUGGCUGAGGCUGGGCAAUGAGGGCACAGGAAGCCACAGUGCUCACAGUGAUGCUGAACUGCACUUGGGUAUCCAGCCCUUGCCCUUCUGGUACUAAUUAUUAUUUAUGCUAAACAUGUAGCCCAAGGAGGAAAAAAAAAAUCAAUUAGAACUGCAGGAGCUUAGACCAACUGGAGGGGACAAGCAUGAGCCGUUUAGGAAGCAUCCAAACUCCAAUGAGAUGCGUAAUCGCAGUUUGGCUUUCCUGGGCUCGUUCUGCUCAAAGUUAAUUACCCAAUGCUAACAGAGCAGGGGGUGCCUGAUGCCAGACUGGCAAAAAAGGCUUCUUGUAAGGUGAUGGGAAUGGCUUGCAGUAGGGGAAGCUAAUUUAUUCAUCAGACACUCCUUUGGUCUCUUUUGUUUGUACUGCUGAUGGGAGGCAGACCUUGAAGGUGCGUUAGUUUUCUGGCAAGCCUUGAAUAAGUAGGAAAAUGUCUUUAAUCUACUGAAAAUUGUCUUCAUCCACUUUUUGCUGAGUGGGAGCAAACAGAUACAACAUUGCUCAUACACGUCUCCUCUUGCCCAGCAACAGGAGAGCUCAGAGAUCUUCUCUGAGGAGCAAGCAAUAUUUUUUUUUCCUUGUGGGAAGGAUUUUACACCCCAUGGGUACAGUGAAAAGGCAAAAGUGGGUUUGGCUUCAGGGGGACUCUGAUCUUGCAAUAAUUUAGAUUGGAAAACAUCUCUAUGAAGAGUAGGAAAAUGGGAAUUUUGGCAAGCAUAUGUACCUUAGCCCUUAGGGGAAGCAUGGCACAUUCUUUUGGAUUCUUGCAGGCACCAUAGUGCUGCUCCUUUUGCCCAUCUCUUUCAUACCUUCCCUCCUGUUGCUGAUGUUCAAAGUGACAUCUUGUGGAGUCUGGAGUGUGGGCAAGGUGCCCAAAGUGACAGCUUUUAUGAGAGAAGGAAAAUGUCACUGGAAACGUGUGCUGCUGAGCCAUGUGUCCACUGCAUGCAGGAAGGGGGAGCAAGCAGGUGGGCAACACCUCCCUGGGGAAGCUGGGAUCAGUCUGGGUCCUGCCAGAGGUGGCCCAAAGCCCAGGCCUGGUUUGUAUAUUCCUGCACUUCUGAUUCUGCUUUUCUUGUAUUUGCUCACACUUUAGAAAGCACAAGAUUCUUGCAUCGCUUCUUAGGAGCAUGAAUCCCCAAGUCUGGCUUUCCCCCCAACCCAGGGGUGGUUCUGCUUUCUGUGGUGCUUCCUUCUCUCUCCCCCCACUGCCUCAAACCCUUUGUCUCCAACAGCACCUGCUCUUCUCCUCAGCUGGCUCCUGAGAUCUCUGUAUAUAAAUAUAUAUAAAAUAGAGAGACAGAGA